AUGCGUGGACGAUAUAAUUGCUAUGAAGAAAAAUUAAAAGCAAAUGAAAAUUUUCGUCGUUCAAUAAAUAUUACAAAUUUUAAUAAUCAAGCUGAUUUUGUACGAACGAAUUUAGCAACUAUAGCAAAUCAUAUACGUCAAUAUGAUCCAGAUAUAAUUGCCAUACAAGAAGUACAAGAAUCACCAUCAUCAUCAUCAUCAAUAUCAAAUAAUAAUCAAAUACCUACAGCUACAUAUCUUGCACAACAACUUGAUAUGACAUUUACAUUUAGUCCAACUUUAUUUGAUAAUGAAGUUCAAAUGCAAUAUGGCAAUGCAAUACUUUUAAAUCAUUAUAAAUUUCGUAUUAUAUCAGUAGAAAUUCUUUCUUUACCACUGGGUCUUGAACCACGAACUUGUUUAUGUUUAACAAUACAAUCUCGACAAACGAAUAUAACAUUUCGAGCAUGUUCGAUUCAUUUGGAUCAUCAUCCAACUGAUAAUAGAAUUCGUUUACAACAAUCAAAUACAAUAAUUGAUUCGUUAACAAAAGGAGAAUAUUAUCCAACAGUACUUUUAGGUGAUUUUAAUGAUAAUCAAACAUCAGCAACAUUAAUAAAUUUAUAUAAAUAUUUUUUUGAUGAUCAUUCAUCGGAUAGUUCGCGUCCAACAUGGUCUGAAUGUAAUGAAAUAUUAAAAGAUAAAAUUGAUUAUAUACUAUUAGAUCGACAAUCACAAUGGACAAUAAAAUCAUUUUUACAUGGAUUAAAUAUGAAAAAAUUAUAUCCAUCCAUUGAUAUAACAAUGCUAUCUGAUCAUGUACCAUUAUUUGCUGAUACUAGUCUAAGUGUUUCAGUAAAAUAA